AGGGAAUGAAGCACGUGAAUUAGGAUUGUUGGGGCAUUAUCGCGACUACUCCUGAGGUGGAUCUGGACGGAUGCUCCGGAAGGACACAAAAUGAUUGCCUGUUUGUCGAAUGUCUACGACUAAAACCUGGGACCAGUGCACAUGUGGCCAUUAUUAGCGAACUGGCGGCUGUAUUCGCCGCGGAAUCAGACUUCGCUUAAACAGAGGUGAAAAUUGUCAACAUUGCCGUCGUUGUGGUGUCGAUUUUGUUCGUCAUAGACGACCUUUUAACGCAUUCCCUGCGCGUGACGCUGGCGACAGGGAGUAGCUGGAUUUAAUUGGAACGGGAAGCGCUUUGCGAUGGUACAGGUUCGGCGAUCGUCGGAGUGUAGGACGUUUAUGACUUUACCGAUGGAUAAUCCGCUCGUGUCGUACUCAAAUAGACGAAGAUAUCUCUCGACAGCAGUAAACUACGUAAGUACUCGAAGUUUAUAAACUUCGAGUACUUAAGACGUAGCACACGUUGCCGUCUUGCAUAUCGACGUGUAGAGUUGACACCGUUUCUUUGCUCGAAAUGAUAAUUAUAUUUGUCAGGGUUGUGCUAUCGAAGUGCUUGAACGAUGAUACGUCGUGCAGAAAUGGGUGCCAAGUCUAGGGUACGGCGCUAGACCAUUAAGGCCUCAGGCCAAAAGGGAAAGGGUCACCAAAAUGUCUUCAAUGGUGACGCGAUUGGUGAUCGUGGCCGUGAUCGUAUGGCUCGUGAUUAUCAUUGUGAUGAGCGGGCCGUUUCUUCGUCCUGGGGGACUACCCGAAGAUCAAGUAAGGUUACUUAAUGUGGUCGCUCGAUUAAAUCGAGCUAUUGAUGAGCUCGAGGAGUUGAAACACAGCAACGCCCAAUUGCGACUCGUCGUCCAAGCAUUCACGAACGGCAACCCGAUCGAUCCCAGCAACGUCUUUUCGACGGCGCCCCCCAAAGACUAUGAGGUUUACCGGCGGAGAGCAGAGAACGAUAUACGGGAACUUUGGUUUUUCGCUCGUUCUCAGCUGGACAAACUCAUCAGACAUGCCAAAGAAAUCUCAAAGGACACUUUAAAAGCCCUUCGCGAAGGGAUCUAUGAAAGGCACAUGGCAGCGUUGAUUGAUAUGGACGCGAUGAGAUUACGUGACGGCUAUGAACGCUGGCGGAGAGGCGAGGCACAGGCGCUCCAUACAGCCGUGAUGGACAGAAUUCGAACCCUACAGAAUCCUGCAGAUUGCUUUUCAGCUAAGAAACUUAUAUGCACGCUAAACAAAGGCUGCGGAUAUGGCUGUCAACUUCAUCACGCGACCUACUGCCUAGUUAUGAGCAUAUCGAUGAAGCGAACGCUUAUCCUCAAAUCCAAGGGUUGGCGCUAUAAUCCACGUGGGUUUGAGGACGUCUUUCAGCCACUGUCCAACUCAUGUUUGGUCGAAACUGGAGGAAACAUAGAGAAAUACCCUGGUAGUGAAGAUACUAUCAACGUGGAACUGCCGAUCAUUGACUCAAUCAACCCCAGACCUGCUCAACUGCCAUUGGCAGUACCUAAAGCUCUAGCUGCCCGAAUUCAGCAGCUACAUGGAAACCCUGCCUUGUGGUGGAUCUCACAACUUCUCGGUUUCUUACAAAGGCCUCAAAAAGAAACUGCGGCCUUCUUAAAGCAGGUGGAACAAGCCAGCGCUAUCAAGAAGCCAUAUGUUGGUAUUCACGUCCGACGGACAGACAAAAUAGGAACGGAGGCAUCGUACCAUGGAAUUGAAGAGUAUAUGAGCUGGGCAAUAGAAUACUUCGACAAGUAUGAGCUAGCACACGGCCGAUUAGACAAGCGGCGCGUCUAUAUUGCCUCUGACGAUGAUACCGUACUGAAAGAUGCCCGUUCUUUGUAUCCCAACUAUGAAUUUUUCGGAGACCAGAAGAUUGCCGCAAGUGCGUCGCUGAAAAAUAGGUAUACUGUUGAAUCCCUUCGAGGAGUUAUAGCUGAUCUGCACAUGCUGUCCAUGUCAGAUCACCUUGUAUGCACGUUCUCAUCACAGGUGUGCCGAGUCGCCUUCGAGAUGAUGCAACUUUUAUAUCCGGAUGCAUCUCACAGGUUUCGCAGCCUGGAUGACAUCUUCUAUUAUGGUGGCCAAAAGGAUCACAACGUUGUGGCCGUGCUCGACCACUCGAAGGCAAACGCCCGCAGAGGUGAAAUUGUAUUUAGGAAGGGUGACCUGCUAGGCAUCGCCGGCAACCACUGGGACGGAUUCUCACGCGGGGUCAAUCGAAGGACGUUGCAAAAAGGACUGUUUCCGUCAUUUAAAACCACGGAUUUUGUGGACGCGGUAGACUUCGGUGAUUUUUAGUGAAGUCAAAGCAAAGACUCAGCUGGCAUCUUUUGCUGCAGCAGCUUUGUAGCAAGAGCACUCCCGGUCUAAUCAACAACUAUAAUGUUCGCCAAGAAUUCGGUAGGAACACUGGAUGUUGGACGGGUCGUGUAAUAGGGUGGUAUGAUCAACGGCGCCAAUAUGAAUAUCUCUCGGACCAUAGUUAAAUUGGUUCUAUAUUGUUGAAUCUCGAUACCAAACAUGCAUGUACUAGUAUAGAGGAGACUAAAUAUUUUGUCAAAUAUACUGUUAAUACCUGGAUCAGCUGGGAUCGGAAGAGCUGCCGCGAAGGGGAUAAACCAGAUGGAGGCUGAGUAUGUGGUUUUACCGAGAUGGAUCAAUCUUAAUCAUUUUUCAAACCGGGUCAACUAAAUCCGGUGUGCAGUGGAAACGCGAUUCUAAAUCCCGAAGCGUUGGGAUCUCGCAGAUUAAGAACGGAUAGUUUCCACCAAAUAUAGAAUUGUUCUGCAGAAUCCUUAAGUUUCCGUUUCUGAAAGUAGAGCCACAUAUAUAAUAAACAAUUGUUUAGACAAUUCUUGUAUUCUCUGCCACUACGCCACAAUGGCGUUACCAACUGGAUAACGAGAUGAAUACGGAAAAGAACCGCGCGUAUAGGUGCAAAUAUGCGGAGUUCUCUAGUUACUUCUUUUUGUCAGCGCGCUAUCUUCUAUUGUACAGGCCUGCAAAGUUCUGCAGGGUUGAAGGUCAGCUAGUGAACUCUUGAGCUUAUGUUAAAUAGUGAUGAAAAGCAACGCGUUAAGGUAUUGAUUAGGUGUAGACUACCGAAUUAGCAAUAAGGUUAAGCAAUGAAAUGAUGUUGCUGCAGUGAUUAUUUUAGUCAAUGGAGAGCGAAACGAUGACGGAAAAACGACUAUUUACAUAUCCAGGGUCGGGAGAAAAUUACUUGAAGUCAAGAAAUUUGUUAGUUUGAGAUUACUCAUUUUACAUCGAUUGGUUAGUAGGUGAGUAAGAUGCCAUAAAAGCAAGAGUAAACAGACAAUGAAAACUUUUAAAGGACUUCGAGGACGACCGCAUAUAUAUAUAUAUAUAUGCAUUCUAGCGAUACGUUGUUAUUGUUGAUUCCGGUGCUUCGCCUAGUCGCUGUUUGAUAGGAGAAAAACGAGUGAAUGAAACUAGAACCGCGCGGAUGUGAAACUUAGAAACUUUCGUUUUUUAGAAUGAAUAACUAAUGAUGCAUGCAAGUAAAUUUUUUUAGCAAAAUGUUAUACGCCAUUGUAACUGUGUAAAGUUGUGCACUCCAAGUCCCAAUGGGCUGAGUAUGGACGAGGCUGAUAUGUGUUUUCAGUAGAACGUAGCAAAAGUCGUUUGCAAAAUGCACUUCAAUGAUCUCGAGAUAGCAAGGCUUAUCGUUGAAGUGUAUGAGGCAUACUUGAUUUGCAUCCUGAAGUCUACGUAUGUAGAUCACAAGCCUUUUAGAGUGUGAUUUAGUUUUUAUCAAACAAAGACCUAUUGAACGUUUUAUAUUUUUAUCGUUGUUGCUGUGUUGUUUUGCUGAUAGUGAAGGAAUGCGUUCCGGUUUUGUUCUGAUUUAGCCGGGUGGGCAACCAGCCGAAGUCGCUCGGUCGCGAAAGACUACGAGAGAUGUAUGCUCAGAGAACAAUCUGCAAUGGUACCAUACUUCGGCAUCAUUUCUUAAUGCAUUUUCUUACAAAAUUGUCUAUUCAAAAAUUAUAUAUAAUAGAAUAUUCGGCAAAUGUUAUCGUCCCCGAUAAUGCGAAUACGUAGUUAUAAUUAUUUAGAAAUAAUAACAAAGAGACCCAAACACUUAUGAUGCAUUGUACAUUUCGUCGCUUUAUACCGCUAAGGAUGUAACAAGACUCGAUAUAUUAUAUAUAUAUAUAUAUAUA